AACCUUGGAAGCCCGUGGGAUGUUACCAAAACAGAGGAAGAGCUCUUGGUGACAUUCUAUUAGGAGUUGCAGGCAAUGCUACAAUGAUUUCGAAAUUGGACGCAUGCAAGAAGAAAGCUGCUUCAAAGGCUGUUGCCUUGUUCGGUUUAGAUGACAAAAAAUGCUGGACUGGCCAAAAUGCUAUUAAUUCCUUUUACAAAUAUGGGACAUCCGCCCAAUGCAGUUAUAGCGAUAACCACGAGGUAGCAAUCGGCAGCUUUGCAUCAGAAUCAAUUUACAUCUACCUAAUGAGUAAGAAAGGUAAAUACUAGAAAGAAGUUGGUGUAAAUCAAUCAUUGCCGAAAAAUACGUUCAAACUCAAAUUUCAAUGACAAAUGUCUCCAAGGAGUCACUGUGAACUGUCAUAGUAGGCUGGUUUAUUGAAAUUUUUUUAAAAUAGUUGUAGUUACCCCUAUCUGUAACGUCAACAGGAAUAUUUAUAAAAGUUAAACAAUUCGCUUGAAAUACCCUAACAACAAUUGUAGUAAGGGGCAAAAUAUUUAAGUUUAUAUCAAUGUCAACGAAAAUAAAAUAACAGCAACGAGCUUUAUUUGCAUGAUCAUACAAGUACAUACACUAUUGCGAAAGCUAUAUUAAGAAAAAGAACUAAAAUUACAUCAUAAGUUAGAUACUUUGGCAAUAAUUUGUAACGAAGAUCAAAGCAAGGUGAAAUAUAUUUCAUGAAUUGUAUAUUGAUAAAGUAGUGAGAGAAGUUCAUUAGUUCAUUGAUCAAAUUGUUUACAGGUAACUGGGUAAUAUUUGGAAUCAGAGUCUUGAUUUUGUUGUAAAAAUUAUUCCUAAUCAUACGGUACGCAGAACAACGAAAAAGAAAGUGAACGUCCUUUUCUAUUAGAUUGGAUCCACAAAGAGGGCAAUGCCUAUUAUCUCUAGUAGUUCGAUUGUAUCUACCUAUUUCUAACAGUAGUUUGUGAUUGCUUAUUCGUACUUUUACUAAAGCCCUUCUCCCAGCAGUUCCUCUUGUUAAGUCUAGAUAAUUAGAGAUGGUAAGAUAUAAAAUACAAAUUUUAAAUACCAAUUGCAGUCCGACGGAAAAACAACCCAACCCUCUACUAAAGGCAACCUCUCUGCAAUGGCUCAGUUCUUUCACCAAGUGGACAAUCAAUAUAUUCACUCCUGCUUUAACGUUUCUACAAUCGCCUCUCUUCCUCAACCGUAACGGCCACUCAAGUGCCGCCCCACGCUAAAUCCCAACCCCCCCCCCCCCCAAAAAAAAAAGAAAAACCCAACCCAUUACAACACGAACCUUCCCCUGAACCUCCCCCCCUUUUUUUUUUUAACAACCUUCCGCAUGUUUUUUGUUUUUUUUUAUUUUUUUCCCAAAAAAGUUCCCAAAAGUGGGUUAAGCAGAAUUCACCUAGGAAAUUAGUUCAUGUUUUAUGAUGUUUUUAGAUUUCUUCGCAAAAAUGUGCCAUAAUGAGCGUUAAGACGGAAUCCACUAGGAAAUUGAGUAAUUUUAAUUUUCAGUGGACAAAAACCUUGUACCAGAAUAAUUUAAAGAAUAUGGCAUUCUUUUUUACAUUUUUCAAGGGCUAAAGAUGUAAUUAGUCAUCGGUAAUAACACUAAAGAAAGUUUCUCAUGGGAGACCGAAAAAACGGAAUUUCAAAUUUCACAAGAAUAGUAAAAACACAGGUAAAAUUCUGAAAAUUUAAUAUGUAAGAUGAAAUUUGACAUUCAUUUUCUCGGGCUGCUAUAAGAAAUUUACUUUGGUGUUACUAUAGAUCACUCAUUGCAUAUUUAGCCCUUGAAAAAUGUAAAAAAGAAUGCAUUAUGCUUUAAAUCAUUCUGGUACAAGGUUUUUCUCCACUGAAAAUUAAGAUUACUCAAUUUCCUGGUGGAUUCCGCGUUAAUUCAAGUUAAACUUUAAACCCUUUUCGUCAAAAAGACGUGCCAGAUUCCCAUUUUUUACCUUUGGGGAAGAGUAGUAAGACGAUGCCGUCGGCUCGUUGAAAGAACUAAGGAUUAAUUCAUGAACUCUUUUUAAGGUGAUUUGGAACAACUUGGUUGCUAUAGCAACAAAUCUCCCACCUACGCCUUACCGGAUUCAUUUGAUGACAACGUCAGCAGUGUGUCUGGCGCAGAUGCCAUUUUUAACUACUGCAAGACGAAAGCUGAAUCCUCUGGCUACAAGAUAUUUGGAGUAGACGACAAGAACUGUUGGUCGGACAACAUGAAGGAUUACCGUUAUGACAAAUACGGCAAAUCUAAGCAGCUGUGCUUAUUUAGCAAUGCUGGAACAGGUAAUGCGCAUGGCCAACACAAAUACGGAAACGUGUUUGUCUACAAAAUGGAAUGAGGUAAGAUUAUGUUCUUUAAUUCAACGUUAAGGCAAAGACAUUUUUUUGACGGUCUCAUGUUGUUGUCAAAUGAAGAAACCUGAUUGGCUCUCUUGCCUUGGUUAUCGAAAAGCGCUAGCUAUUUACCACGUUAAAUGCCAUGGACAGUUUCUUCCUUCUUUUUGACGUAACCAUGGAUAUUUCCUAUGAUAAAUUUAUCUCGGGAAAGUCCCGUCACACGCACCACGCCAAUUUACCGCAAUUUACCACGGUAAAAGUGUCCCGUGUAACUGCAUCUCAUAUUUCCACCUUAACAACGCGGUUUUUUAAGGAACUUAACGUUCGCGAGAAAUACACUCAAUAAAAAACAAAAUUUCAGCUCCUUAUCGAACAAGUAUCUCUCUCAAAGCAUUAUAUCAAACGUUAAAAACAACGUUAAUGAACUUUAAAAACUGACAGGCUUGAAAUCCGUUUCAAUCUUUUUAAAGUUUAUUCAUCCUUGCCUUCUAUUGUAUUCGCUGUGCUCCGAGGGUGGUACUUAGGAUUGUAAGAGACGCGGAUAAUCAAAGGAUUUUUGGGGGUUUGAAAUUUGUUGAUUCCUGGUUUUGGGGGGAUAGAAAAGUUUUUUGGGUUUCUUGAAUUAAUAGAGGGUUUUGGGGGUAGUCCAAAACAAUCUGAAGAUUCGUGGUAGUGCCUGCGUAUCCCGGCCGCGUAUUUCUGUGUAGUCUUUUUCGUGUUAUGUCAUUUACUGCUUUCUGGAAAUUUUUAAGGCUCGGAAGUUUGGCAUGAAUUUUUUGGGGGGAGGUAGUUUUUCUUCCAGGGGUUUUUUGGGUUUUGUUAGAACGUAUUUUGGGGGGUUUCGAUUUUUGCCCCCAUUUAAUCAUCCCCGUCACUUGAAAUCCGGAGUACCCCCCCGGGGGGGGGGGCUGUGUUAUUUGUACCUGCUUUCAAUGUUUCGAGUUGUUCUUUUUAUUUUCACUCAAUUUAGUGGCAGCUCUCACCGUUGAAAUUUUGACAAACUUUGUUACACAGCUCCUUUAACCAUUGUAUUGAUUAUAGCACCGGGGAUGACUCCUUCACUCGUUUACCAUCCACCUUACUGAUUUGUUUACUAGGGCCUGAAAUCAAAAGAGUUACCCUGACGUCUUUCAGAUUGAAUUCUGCAUUCACAAUAAAUAAAUAUCAAGUCCCCUAAUCGUACUCCUCAAAGAUAAUUAGACAUACUUAUUUAAAAGGUUAGGGAGAAAAAGACGAUUUUAUUUCUUUUUUGCUUUUUUUUUUUUCACGUGGGGGAAAAAUUGUUCUUACGCUCUGAAUCAGCGAACCAUGUAAUGUGGGAAAACUGUUUGAAUGUAGGGGUCCACGCAACGCAUAAAUAAAAAUACAGUGGAGAGUUUAAUAAUGAGACAGUCCUGCCAGCUUGUGUAUGAUUGUCUUCAGGAUAACGUCUGUACCCCUUUUAAAGGAUAUUUUACAAAAAUUGAACACAACAUUAACACUAGAAACAAUGGGUGAUCACUAAAACUUCCCAAAGCCAAAUUAGAAUUUGGACGGAGAAGUUUUGCCUUUCAAGGGGCUCUAGUUUACAAUACUUUACCUCGGCAUUUACGAAAUUUAAAUUCUAGGUUUCUUUUUAAGAGUAAUUUAAAAGAGUUUUUUUCAGUAGUAUUAGUGUUAUUUUAUUUUAUUUUCUCAAGCAGCAUUUGUAAAUUGCCUAUACGUAGCGAGAUUUACAAUUGUACAUCCAAAAACACAAAUAAAGUUUCCAUUAUUAUUAUUAUUACUAGUACUAAUGUGGUAGUAAUAAUAAUAAUGUGAUUAUAUGUUUCGCGUCCACUCGUUCUACCUUUACUUUUUUUCUUGUAGGAAGAAGUUCCCGGAUGGAACGGAGACGUAUUAUAAAAGAAACCAAGAAAUAAAAUGAAAUAGGAUG